UAUCAUUCAGUAAAAUGAAGUUUAUCAUUGUCGUAGCUGUGCUCUGCUUCUUUUGCGUACAAGGCAGCCUCCAGCAGUUCUCUGGAUCAAAUUACGGUCAAGGAUGCAUGCAAGGUCGUGGUGGAGAAGGAUGCAGCAAUUGCAACAUGCAAGGUUGCGGUGGAUGUGGCAUUAGUAGCAACCCAGAAAUUCUACUUACGCUUUACAAAAUUAUGUUCCACUUAACAACUACUACCACUACUACUACAGCACCACAAUGGACUGUACCUACUACAUCUACUACUACUGCAUCUACUACUACAACAUCUACUUCUACGUCUACUACAACUACUUCUACUACUACCACUACUACUUGCAGUCCACUUCCUGCUUCUUUAGUGACAUUGUAUCAGCUAUACAAAUCUUCAAUGAAUGAUCAUUUCUACACAAGUACAUCAUCUGAAGCAGACAGCGCAGUGACCACUUAUGGUUACACAAAACUAAAUUCGCCUGGAUUGGUAGCCCUGUCACAGAACUGUUCCUGUGGAGUGGCGUCACUUGUGCCUACUUAUCGUUUAUAUGGAAGCAAUGACCACUUUUACACAACAUCUAAAGCCGAGGCGGAUUACGCCGUUACCAUAGGAUAUAAACGAGAAGGAAUUGCGUGGUAUUGCAGUCCUCAAAUGGACUUAUGUGGAGCGACGUUGGCAUUGUAUAGGUACAUUAAUAAUGGGGACCACAACUACGUUACUAACUCUUCUCAAGGUGAAGGAACGUUUGAGGGAAUCACUUGUUACAUGUGGCCAGAUUAGCGGAAUGAUUUGAAAAAAAGUAUGAGUGCUGUGUGAAAAGUGUGAUUAGUACAUACCGUACAUGUAAAUUCAAUUUCAAGCGAAUCCUUACUAUGUGUGAACGAGAACGAGUGAAUGUUUAACAUUCUAUAACAUUUUCGCCAAUAUCUGAGAUUGUUAAUGUGAAAAUCUUAUUCUGUUUUUGUUAAAAUCACUCUUGAACGGGAAAUGUUUCGCCAC